AUGGCUGCCGCUAUCCAAAGCCUCCAGGCCUCUCUGGAGCGGGUCAUCCUAGACCCUCGUUACCAUGACCUUCUCGCCGUCGUCAAGGGCGCACGCAAUGGUGCCGUCUAUGGCACCAAAGUUCGCUUCCCCCACGCGCUGGUAUUACGGGAGAAGCUCUGGCUCGUGUUCCGCGCAACGCGAACGCACGCCCGUAACUUGGCCAAGUUUGUCACCAUUUACAAAUUCACUUGCUUCCUGCUGAAGCAUUAUGGACCCACACCGGGCAAGGAGGGUGAGUUCUCUGUCGGUCUCGAUGUCCUUCCUCCCGGCGUACCUGUAGAACGCCCCUCAUUAACCAAUCAACCGGCAGGCCCAUAUGACACCUUCGUGGCUGGCAUGCUCGGCGGCUACCUCGUCUUUGGAGGCCGCUCGAGCCGCACAGGCAAGAUCAGCAGUGUGAACCAGCAGAUCGUCGUCUACGUGUUCGCGCGCGUCGUUCUUGCCCUGGCCCGCCUCGCAGUCAAGCCUGGCUACGGACUGCCCGUCGUCUCGGAACCUAGGAACUCUGCUGCAAUCAGCCACUAUGCCUGGCCCGUAUUCGCUGCCACGAGUUGGGGGCUUGUCAUGCACCUGUUCAGGUACCACGCCGCCGAACUUCAGCCCAGCCUGAGGAGCAGCAUGACAUACCUGUAUCUGCAAAGCAAUGAAUGGGAUGGCUUGAGGAACUUUCUUUGGCAUAACAAAUAG